AUGUUACGUAAUGCGGAGGUCGUCCCAAAUCCGAAUACUCAUCCCAGGAGGAACGCCAACACUUUCAUCGCAGCUAUAUCGAAUAAAUACAGGAUAUUGUGCGGGAUACUUUUGAGACGAUCGACGUUCAAAAAUGUUCUAUUGAUAUCAAUUAUUAUUGGAACUGCGUGCGUGGUUGGAUUCGUUUUGGUGAUUCUGCUGACUGCCAAGAUAUUAGAAUCAAUUAAUAGUUCAGCGGAUCCAUGCGACGAUUUUUUCGAAUACGCUUGUGGAAAGUGGAGCCAUUCUCAUUUUAUCCCUUUGCAAGAGGAGAACUCCUGGUUCAUCGAACGUAAACAACGUAUCAAUUAUCUGAUAACAAAUUUAUUGGCAGAAAACUCCUCAUCGGAGAUAGAACCAGUUUUACAGAUGAAACAACUUUACAACAUGUGUAUGGAUACUGAUCAUCUAAAUCAGCAAGGUUUGGAGCCUCUAUAUAGAGUUCUGGAUUUAUUACAACUCCCACGAAGUUUCCCCAGCAACGAAACCGUAGGAAAUUUCAGUCUGGCUAAAACGUUAUCAUUGGCUCAACGGAUUUUGAAUUUGGAUAUCAUCGUUCAGUUAUCGACUCAUUUUAACGAAUCUUUGAAUCUCACUGUUCUGUCGAUUAGCCCGGCUUCGAAUGAUUUAUUUUCAUUGGACCGUCGACGUCAAAAAGCUGAUUCAGAAUCGGACGAAUUUGCUGAAAAAAUGCUCGCCAUUCGAUUAGCUUACAUGUUAGGAAUAAUCGCAGAAUUCGAUACAGGCAAAGCCACCGAAAACGAUAUUGUGACCGAAGCUAUGCGAAUCAUUUUAUUAGAAAGUCAAUUGAAAAUGGAUAAAGAUGAAACCACAAAAAACGAAACGGAAGAAAGUUACAUGACUUUAGAUCUACUACAGCGCAUCAUGUUCUCCAAUAUUUCUUCUGAAAUGUCCAAUCUCACCGAACUCAACUUUUAUUGGUUAGAUUAUGUCACAGUUCUAACGCAAGGCUUGAAUAUCACUCUAACAAUGGAAAGUACUGUUCAAGUGAUAAAUACUUCGUAUUUUCAAAAAUUAGGAAACCGUGUGGUCGAAUUCAACGCUCUUUUUUUUCAACGUUACGUUUGGUGGAAAGUUGUGGAUUUAUUGGCUAUCCAUACAACCGAUAUAAUGCGAACUCAUAAAUAUAUUUUCGAGGAACGAAUUUACCACGAAAUGACUAAACCAACUAGGUAG